CAAUGUUUGUUAUAUGCCAAAUAGCUGUUUUAUAGUAGUUUGAAUGGCUAACCAUGGCUUUUUCUCAGGAGGAUACUCCAGAGCUGUGGUAAUGAAUGGAAAACUCAUCCCCCAUACUCCGCUGGCUGUGGACUUCUGGCAGGUUAGGAAGUGUCAGCAUGUCCGCCUGUUCUUCCUGUCCCAUAUGCACAGUGACCAUACUGUGGGCCUGACCUCGACCUGGUCCAACAGACCCAUCUACUGCUCACCAGUCUCUGCGACACUGCUCAAACUUAAACUACAGGUGAGAAAGACAAAGUAUCAAUUAUAUUCUACACAAGGCAACAUGAGGAAUGUAGAUAUGGGAUAAUUGUUUAAACUAUUUUUGCGUGCCAUUACCAAUUAUUGAGCUAGCUAUUGAAAUAUGAAUGGCUGUAUACACCAUAGCAUCUCCUUUUUAUUUGCAAAGUGCUGAAUCGCUUUUAGGUGUUCUAUACUUCAGUUUAUGAUAAGGCCUCCUCUCCUCUUUUCCAUGUGUUCAGGUCAGAGAGCGAUGGAUCCAUCCUCUGGAGGUGGGGGAACCCAACAUGUUGCCUCUGGAUGAUAUAGGAAAGGAGAGGUUGACCGUCACUCUCAUGGACGCUAACCACUGUCCAGGAGCGGUCAUGUUCCUGUUUCAAGGAUACUUUGGCACCAUACUCUACACUGGUGAGAACUCUACAUACCAUACUCCGGCACUGUACUUCACGGUCUCUCACUAACUAGUCAACUUUGGCAUUUAGCCAGCUUGUCUUUCCCGCGCCCUACACACGGCCCUGGUAGCUCGCUGUGAUCGUAUCGUGGUUAGUUCUCUGCGUUGUGGACGCAGCAACCCCGGUUUGUAUCCGGGUCAUGGCAUUGCGAUUCACAAUGUCAUGGCAUAAGGGCUCUUUUUGAGUAAGUAGCUAGUAGCUAACAAUACUCUGUACAUUAUGGUGCCACUGGAGUAUAUUAUAGUGCCACUGGAGUAUAUUAUGGUGCCACUGGAGUAUAUUAUGUGCCACUGGAGACUUAUAUGGUGUGCCACUGAGUAUAUUAUGGUGCCACUGGAGGUAUUUAUGGGCCCACUGGAGUAUAUUAUGUUGCCACUGGAGUAUAGGAUAGUGCCACUGGAGUCUAUUAUGGUGCCACGGAGUAAUUAUUAUGGCUGCCACUGGAGUAGAUUAUGGUGUGCCACUGGAGUAUUUAUGGUGCCACUGAGUAAUAAGGGCCCGGAGUAUAUUAUGGUGCCACUGGAGUAUAUUAUGGUGCCACUGGAGUAUAUUAUGGUGCCACUGGAGUAUAUUAUGGUGCCACUGGAGUAUAUUAUGGUGCCACUGGAGUAUAUUAUAGUGCCACUGGAGUAUAUUAUGGUGCCACUGGAGUAUAUUAUGGUGCCACUGGACUCUGGCACUCUACUACAAUACUCUAAUCUCUGCUUAUCAAUCACAUUUAUUUUAUAAAGCACUUUUUACAUCAGCAGUUGUCCCAAAGUGCUUUAUAGUUUCCCGGCCUAGACCACAAAGACCAAGCUAAGCAGAAGCACAGUGACCUGGAACAACUCCCUAGAAGGAGGAAACCUAGAGAGGAACCGGCUAAAAGGGGUGCUCCAUCCUCUUAUUCGUUCUUAUGAUGAAAAAAAAAGGCUAAACGGACACUCCUGACCUGCAAAACUAUUUCAUUUCAGAAUUUGUUAGGGUUCAGUUUUAGAUUUUGGUUUGUCGUUUAUAGCCCCCUUAUGAUGAGGUAUGGCAGGGGUUCCCCAAAUUGUUUUACUCGGGGGGCCCCCCCUCCAGCAUUCGGGAACAUCCCACGCCCCCCAGCACGCGCGAGUACGCAAAACAUCUAUUUCUAUGGGGACAAGCACUGUUCAUGUCACAAACUUGUUGGUGGAGAGAAUUUUGCAGGUUUAAAGAUUAUUUCCUGCAAUUCUACACAUUUUAUCAUGGGGUGUAAAGAAAAUGUUGCAGUUUUAAAGCAAAUGUUCUUGCAAUUCUAUACAUUUUGCCAUGUCUAAUGUGUAUUCAUGUGAUAUUUGAUUGACUAAAAACACGUUAGCUGACAUGGGCUAGUUGAUCUGGACAUUUCUGACACAUUAUAAAUAUCUCUCUAAGGUCUGCAAUGACUACUAACAUGACAAGAGGAACUGAUGAUGCACUGCCCAGUUUGAAAAUUACUUUCAAGAGUACGUUUUAAAGCCGGACUGAGCUAUCGGGAUACUCACACAUGCCGUCACUAGCUAGGUUUUCAUCCAAUUGGCAACAGAUUUUCAAGCGAAUAUUCUAAAAUCCGCAUAAAAACAAUAUGCAAAUUUUCCCACCAGAUGUGUUUUCAUCAAACUGACUUGUUGCUGAUAAAAGUGUGUGUGUGUUGAGGUAGUGCACAUAAAAAUAACUUUGCCGGUUAAAUUAAAAUGGAUUUCCAUCGCAUUUUCAACUCAACUGAUGGUUUUGUCACACAAAAAAAGCUGAUAUAUAGACUAUUAUACUAACACAUUCUUGUAUUUGCACGUGCACUCUAGCCAACAGCUCGCAAAUACAAUGCGGGUAUAGCCCACAUGAGAUUAUUUUUUUAUUUGUUCGAACAGCAGCCAAGCAUCGAUCAUCAUGUCACCAGAAUAAGACCGUAGAUAUUUAUUGGAAAGGAGCAUCAAGCUCAUCAACUUGCACCUCACAACCCCGUGAAGUUCAUCAUAACUUAUUUCAUCUGUAGCCUAAUAAACUGAAUGCUUUCCCAAGAGGACCCCACAACAUGUCAUCGCGUGACUCCAAGUUAACUUUGAUAUGAUGGUGAUUAUAUCAAUAUUUGCGCAUGAAAGCGUUUCCGACAUUUCUCGCAUUAUACAUUUUACAGACACAAAAAACAUCCCACCUUGUCUAGCGUAUUUAGUUUUAUCGACAUUUGGAAAGUUUCCAUCAGGCCUGUCGUGACAUUUUUUCCUUUACUCGCAUUUAAAAAGGUUGGUUGGAAACCUGGUUACAGUCACGUGGAUGAGGUGGCUAAACGCCAAAGUCGGGUAGUUGGUCAGUUUAGCUAAUGGUACAGUUUGAUGCUAGUUAGAUUACAGGUAGGGUUUUUGUGUUUAUAUUGGGUUACUCAGGCGUUCAUUACAAUAAUGUGGACAGGGAGAGUGCUGACCUUCUUACUUUCCACUCCAAGGGGCCUCCCACAUCACCUGGUAGCUUGCUGUGACCUGGUAGUGCCCUCAAACUCGACUCUGGACCUCGAAGCCAGUUCCCAUUGCAUUUUUUUUUUAUUGUUCCCCUCUAAUCAGGGACUGAUUUAGACCUGGGACACCAGGUGUGUGCAAUUCAAUUAUCAGGUAGAACAGAAAACCAGCAGACUGAACCUCGUAGGGUAAGAGUUGAGGACCUCUGUGUUGAGAUUACGGCAACCCCGGUUCAAAUCUGGGUUACGGCAAUGCAAUACACAAUGUCACGGCAAAUGGGUUAUUUUUUUCCUAGAUAACUAUAGUCUAUACCAUUUAUUUUUAUUUUUAUUUUUUUUAUUUUUUUUAGCUAAACUGGCUAAUUAGCAAACACGAGCAAAUUACACCGGUUCGUUCCUAACCAUCCACAAGCAUUUGAAUAAAUGUUUUUUUUGAGCAUUUAGCUAGCGUGUCCAUGUCACUAGUUGGCUGUGCUCGCACAUUUGAGUAGCCCAAAAUCUCCACCCUACACGUGGCCCUGGUGGCUCGCCGUGAUCAUAUAGUGGACUCAUAUAGUGGCCACAGCAACCCCAGUUCGAAUCCGGGUCAUGGCAUUGCGAUACACAAUGUCAUGUCAUAAGGGCUGCGUAAUCUUGCUGGAAUGCCUAACAGGUUAAAAGUAUUUGAUAGUACUUACAUACUACAUAUGUACUUACAUAUUACGUACAGGUUAAAACUAUCCAGUGGUAUUUGAUAGUACUUUCCUUUAGGGAUGAGUUAGAUCAGGGAUGAGCAACUCCAGUCCUCACACUUUUCCACUAUUUUAAGCAUUUCAUUGUACUGUGUACACUACGCUGUAUCCACAGUUAAUUUUGACAAACUAUUGAUCCUCUGUGGCUAAAUUAUGCUCUCUGGUGUAUUUUGAACAUUGAGAGUGGGCUUCUGUGGUUGGAUAAAGAAAUCUUAUAAUAUACCAAAAAACUUGAUUUUGUAUGUAAAUAAAUCUUUGCCUCUUGGGCCCAGCUCCUGACUCACAUAAUUGACCAGUCACAUUUAUUUAUUAUGCUGUUUUUUUAAAUUUAUUAAUCAGUUACCAAUCAAGGCAGAGCCCCCCAGUUACCCACGUGGGCGCCCCUACCUCCUCUUCUCCCCCAUCUGAUGAUUAGCAGAGCGGCAGGAGGCAGCAGAAGGCUGAGAGCGGGUUCAUGAGUCUUCCUUUGGUUGGCGGUUGCAGGGAAAAACUAUUAAAUAUAUACUACAUAUACACUAUAUAUACACUACAUUUCUGCUUUAACAGCCUCCACUCUUCUGGGAAGGCUUUCGACUAGAUGUUGGAACAUUGCUGCGGGGACUUGCUUCUAUUCAGCCACAAGAGCAUUAGUGAGGUCAGGCACUGAUGUUGGGCGAUUAGCCCUGGCUUGCAGUCGGCGUUCCAAUUCAUCCCAAAGGUGUUCGGUGGAGUUGAGGUCAGGGCUCUGUGCAGGCUAGUCAAGUUCUUCCACACCGAUCUCGACAAACCAUUUCUGUAUGGCCCUCGCUUUAUGCACGGGGUCAUUGUCAUUCUGAAACAGGAAAGGGCUUUCCCCAAACUGUUGCCACCAAGUUGGAAGCACAGAAUAAUCUAGAAUGUCAUUGUAUGCUGUAGCGUUAAGAUUUCCCUUCACUGGAACUAAGGGGAACAGUUAUUGAGCUGACGUUGCUUCCAGAGGCAGUUUGGAACUCGGUAGUGAGUGUUGCAACCGAGGACAGACGAUUUUUACGCGCUAGGCGCUUCAGCACUCGCCGGUCCCGUUCUGUGAGCUUGUGUGGUCUACCACUUCGUGGCUGAGCCGUUGUUGCUCCUAGACAUUUCCACUUCACAAUAACAGCACUUACAGUUGACCGGGGCAGCUCUAGCAGGGCAGAAAUUUGACGAAGUGGCUUGUUGGAAAGGUGGCAUCCUACGACGUUAAAUGUCACUGAGCUCUUCUGUAAAGGCCAUUUCUACUGCCAAUGUUUGUCUAUGGCGAUUGCAUGGCUGUGUGCUCGAUUUUAUACACCUAUCAGCAACAGGUGUGGCUGGAAUAGUCGAAUCCACUAAUGUGAAGGUGUGUCCACAUACUACAUACACUAUAUAUACACAAGAGUAUCUGUGUCUGAAAUGUAAUAAAACAUAUGUUGUUUUCUCACCUUAAUUCUAAAGAGUAUGAACCUUUUCUCUAUUCCAGGAGAUUUCCGCUACAUCCCGUCCAUGCUGCGUGAGCCAUGUCUAAGGACCAACACCACUAUAGAUGUCCUGUACCUGGACAACACUAACUGUGACCCCACACGCACCCUGCCCUCCAGACAACGAGCCACUCAGCAGAUCAAAGAGAUCAUCCGCAGCCAGCCCAAGCACAAUGUUGUCAUUGGUGAGACAGAUGCUUAACCGUUACUCGUUUUGUGUAGCUGUCUGUGAACUGUAGUGGUGUAGGUACAGUGAGGGGGAAAAAAGUAUUUGACCCCCUGCUGAUUUUGUAUGUUUGCCCACUGACAAAGACAUGAUCAGUCUAUAUCUAUAUUUUAAUGGUAGGUUUAUUUGAACAGUGAGAGACAGAAUAACAAAACAAAAAUCCAGAAAAACGCAUGUCAAAAAUGUUGGAAUCAGCCCAGAACUACACGGGUGUCACGGUUUCGGCCGAGGCUGCUCCUCCUCCUUGUUCGGGCAGGCUUCGGCGGUCAUCGUCCCCGGAGUACUAGCUGCCACCGUUCGAUGUUUCAUGUUUGUUUGGUUUUGUCUGUUUGUACACCUGUCCCUUGUUAGUGUUUGAUUUGGUUGCCUAUUUAGUUUUCGUGUGUGGGGCCAGGUGUUAUGUGGUAUUGUUUAUUGUCAAGCUGUUGCUCUCUGUAUUACUCUCGGGUUUUGUUGUUUUUCGAGAGUCCGCACUGUGUGCGCUAUCGUCAUUUUACGCACUGUGGUUAUUGUGCGUAAUUUGUAUUUUGCCUCCCGGUUGGGUUGGCUGUUCGCCUGUUUGGUGCUGCUUUUGUUUACUAAAGUCUGUUCACGAACGCCCGUGUUUCCUGCGCUUGAUUUCCACACCGCAUCUACACUCAGCUACUGACAACGGGAGGAUCUUGUCAAUGAUCUCAAGGCAGCUGGGACCAUAGUCACCAAGAAAACAAUUGGUAACACACUACGCCGUGAAGGACUGAAAUCCUGCAGCGCCCGCAAGGUCCCCCUGCUCAAGAAAGCACAUAUACAGGGCCGUCUGAAGUUUGCCAAUGAACAUCUGAAUGAUUCAGAGGAGAACUGGGUGAAAGUGUUGUGGUCAGAUGAGACCAAAACCGAGCUAUUUGGCAUCAAUUCAACUCUUCAUGUUUGGAGGAGGAGGAAUGCUGCCUAUGACCCCAAGAACACCAUCCCCACCUUCAAACAUGGAGGUGGAAACAUUAUGCUUUGGGGGUGUUUUUCUGCUAAGGGGACAGGAUAACUUCACCGCAUCAAAGGGACGAUGGACAGGGCCAUGUACCGUCAAAUCUUGGGUGAGAACCUCCUUCCCUCAGCCAGGGCAUUGAAAAUGGGUUGUGGAUGGGUAUUCCAGCAUGACAAUGACCCAAAACACACGGCCAAGGCAACAAAGGAGUGGCUCACGAAGAAGCACAUUAAGGUCCUGGAGUGGCCUAGCCAGUCUCCAGACCUUAAUCCCAUAGAAGAUCUGUGGAGGGAGCUGAAGGUUCGAGUUGCCAAACGUCAGCCUCGAAACCUUAAUGACUUGGAGAAGAUCUGCAAAGAGGAGUGGGACAAAAUCCCUCCUGAGGUGUGUGCAAACCUGGUGGCCAACUACAAGAAACGUCUGACCUCUGUUAUUGCCAACAAGGGUUUUGCCACCAAGUACUAAGUCAUGUUUUGCAGAGGGGUCAAAUACUUAUUUCCCUCAUUAAAAUGCAAAUCAAUUUAUAACAUUUUUGACAUACAUUCUUCUGGAUUUUUUUGUUGUUAUUCUGUCUCUCACUGUUCAAAUAAACCUACCAUUAAAAUUAUACACUGAUCAUUUCUUCGUCAGUGGGCAAACGUACAAAAUCAGCAGGGGAUCAAAUACUUUUUUCCCUCACUGUAUGAAACUGCUAGUCUUGUUGUCAUUGGUGAGACAGAUGCUUAACCGUUACUCGUUUUGUGUAGCUGUCUGUGAACUGUAGUGGUGUAGGUAUGAUACUGCUAGUCUUGCCUUGCUACAAGUCCUGGUAGCUCGCCGUCAUUGUAUAGUAGUGAGUACUCUAGGUUGUGGCCUCCGAAACUCUGAAAUAGUUAGCUAGCUGUCAUCAUACUGUAACCAAAGAUACUGAUAACAAUUCUGUGCUUUAACUUGAACUGGCAUCUUGCCAGCGCCAUCGGACAGUGACGGCAUGCUUGAGUAUCUCGUUAUAUUUUCCCCAUCACUCAAGUCCUGGUAGCUUGCUGUGAUUGUGUUGUGGUUAGUACUCUGCAUUGUGCCCGCAGCAACCCCCAGUUUGAAUCCGGGUCACGGCAUUGCGAUACACAAUGUCACCGCGCUUUUCAAAUGAUUUACUAUGAGUAGUAGCUAACUAACUAACAAACUAUCUAACUCUCUAUAGUGUGUGUGUUUUUCUCAUGUAUAAAUUGUUUUUAAAAGCUUCAAUGGGUUAGAAAACAAAUUAAAUCCAGUUUCCUCGUGGCCAGGGGCAUCAGUUGGGUAUGGCAGGGGGUAAACCAUGCAUGGCUCAAGACCAAACAUGUAAAAGUAGGCUACAGAAAAGUUGACUAAAAUCAUUCCAAUCCUGUUUAGCUUAUUGUUGGCUGGCUUUAGAACUAUUGCGCAGAGAGAAGCUGCCGGCCUGCGCACCUUUCUCUCAGAGAGCAGAGACAGCCGCUCAGCUGUUUAGGGAGUGCGCCUAUUGCUUUGAACUUGAUGCUGGCAUUUGUAAGCCUCGCGGCCAGCUGUUUUAUGCACCGGUUACUUUCACACUUUCAAAUUGAUGACGUCAUAGGUGGCGUGUCCAAUAGGCUAAGGGAAGAUUCCCCUAAAGUAAAUUCUUUUAAAUGUGCCAACAUUUGCUAUAUAAUUACUCGUGCCUAUACAUAAAUAAAUUAUAUCAUUUAAAAUACUACACAAGAGAGCAUGAUUUGGCCACAGGGGAUCAUUAGCUUUUUUGCCUACCAAAUAGCUGAUUGUUGAGUUGUAGCGGUCAGUGAAAAGCAGUUAAAUAGGCCUUGGCCUAUCGUAAUAUUUGAAAAUACAAUCGUAGGAAAAACAUAGUUUAGAAAGCAAAUGGCUGUUGCUGGAAAGAGAAGACAAAGAAAAUAUUUAAUCUGUCUCUAGUUCUCAAAAUUCUCAACUCCCAAUUGAGCAAACAGUGGCCUAUCUCAUUGGCACCAGCAGAGAGCAUCGGCCAUAUCCUGGUGACGCAUAUUUACUGUCUUUAUCAUUGGAUCAGUACCAAUGGAAAGUUUUUUUGGGGGGACAGUAAUAUCCUCCUCCAGGCUAGAUGGACGUCAUAUUGUACAAUUUCUCUCUCCCCUUUUCAUAGACCUAGAUUAGAUAGUUGUGACAAGGUUGUCCCGUGUAGCUCAGUUGGUAGAGCAAUGGCGCUUGCAACGCCAGGGAUGUGGGUUCGAUUCCCACGGGGGGCCAGUAUGAAAAUGUAUGCACUCACUAACUGUAAGUCGCUCUGGAUAAGAGCGUCUGCUAAAAUGUAAAAUGUUUGUUUUUACUAGUCAGUGUCAGCAGAGUAGGCUAGGAAUUUGUGUCGUAUAAAAAUAAAAAUAAAUGAUGUUGCUUGUCUCCAGUCAUAAAGUGUAGUUUCAUGAAAUGUGUUUAUUCUAAAGGCACUCGCACAUCUGAGCUAUCUUUGUUGCAGGUGCAUGGUAAGAGUUGAUUAACACGCACACUGCUCUUGCUAGUAUCGCUGCUCUUGCUAGUAUCACUGCUCUUGCUAGUAUCACUGCUCUUGCUAGUAUCACUGCUCUUGCUAGUAUCACUGCUCUUGCUAGUAUCACUGCUCUUGCUAGUAUCACUGCUCUUACUAGUAUCACUGCUCUUGCUAGUAUCACUGCUCUUGCUAGUAUCACUGCUCUUGCUAGUAUCACUGCUCUUGCUAGUAUCACUGCUCUUGCUAGUAUCACUGCUCUUGCUAGUAUCACUGCUCUUGCUAGUAUCACUGCUCUUUAUUAAGCUUUACAUAUCGGCCUCAAGGCCUUCGUCAGAGCUUUUGACGAAGGCCGUGAGGCCGAUACGUAAAGCUUAAUUAAGAGGAGCGAUACAAGCAAGAGCAGUGAUACUAGCAAGAGCAGUGUGAGGGUUUCUUAUUUUUUCUCAUGAAAUGUGUUUAUAAAAUGCAAAAUCUUUCCUGUGCAAAGAAAGGAGAAGCAACGUCUCUGAUUUAUGCCUGUUGUGUCACUACGCGCUCAGGCAUGCUUUGUUCAGAACUUUCUGUUUUGCUAACAGUGAUUGAGUUAUGUUAUUAGCUUAAGUUAUAACUAUGCAAUCUACUCAUCACAUUAGGAAUGGGAGCCUAUUUUACAUUAAUCUACAAAUGCGGUGAUAGAUGCAUGCAAUCUUUUAUUAUAAAGGUGCAACUUUAUGGUGAAAAAAUUGCUUCCCUAAACUUGAAACUCGCUCGCCGCCUAUGGAUGUCGGCAUUUGAAGUCGGCCUUGUUGUGACUUGAUAGCGUGUAUAAUGCAUCUGUUUCACGUUGCACUGUAUGCGCCGUUCCACAAGUAAAUGAGCCAAUUUAUGAUGUGGUUGACAUUGUUUAUGCCGUUCCACAGACCUUUAAACCUAAUAUUGCGGUGAUAAUUAAUGUCUGGGAUCAUUUGUUUUGUUUUUUUGGCUGUUCUCCAAAUAGCAUUUUAGAGUGUUUUAAAUUGUGUAGAAAUGAGGUAAAUGAGCUUCAACUUCCAAAACAGUCCCCUCUCUGGCAUACCCUAGGUUUAGCUGAACUGACACCACUCCUCGUGGCAUAGAGAUGCUGUAUAUAAUUGUAUUUAUGCAUAUUAUGUUCUAAUUCUAUUUCCAUGUCUGUGUGUUGUCUGCAGGCCUGUACACUCUGGGUAAGGAGUCUCUACUGGUCCAGCUGGCCAUGGAGUUUAAGACCUGGGUGGAAGUGUCCGUCGAGAGGCUAGCGAUUCUCAGAGCCCUGGAGCUGCCGGAUGUCUUCACCACUGAGCCAGGAGCGGGCCGGAUCAGGGCCGUGGACCAGUCAGAGAUCCGCUCCACCAACCUCCUCCUUUGGAACAGGGAACACCCCACCCUGGCCAUCCUGCCCACCAGCAGACCCCUGGUCUCCUUCCACCCUAAUGUCCACGUGGUACCUUACUCUGACCACUCCUCCUACCAGGUAGGGAUGAGUUUUAGAUUGACCACUCCUCCUACCAGGUAGGGAUGAGUUCAACAUUGACCACUCCCCCUACCAGGUAGGGAUGAGUUUAACAUUGACCACUCCUCCUACCAGGUAGGGAUGAGUUCAACAUUGACCACUCCUCCUACCAGGUAGGGAUGAGUUCAACAUUGACCACUCCCCCUACCAGGUAGGGAUGAGUUCAACAUUGACCACCCCUCCUACCAGGUAGGGAUGAGUUCAACAUUGACCACUCCCCCUACCAGGUAGGGAUGAGUUUAACAUUGACCACUCCUCCUACCAGGUAGGGAUGAGUUCAACAUUGACCACUCCCCCUACCAGGUACGGAUGAGUUCAACAUUGACCACUCCUCCUACCAGGUACAGAUGAGUUCAACAUUGUAGUAAAAAUAGAAGUAACUCCUGCACACAUGAGUUUACCUCUGCACAUAAUGAUGUUAUCAUUACUGUAAAUGUUUUGGUAUUUCGGUAUGACACCUUUUGAAAAAGGUGCUGUAGUUUUGGGACACCCUAGUUAAGGAGUCCCGACUAGUCCACCUGGCCAUGGAGUUUAAGACCCGUCACAAAAUUACAGCACCAAAAGGUGUCGUACAGAAACAAUGACAAUAAAUGUUCAGAGGUCAAAUCUUGUGUGCAGGAGUUAUUUACAUUUUUAAAACAACGUUGAACUCUAAACCAGAUACGAUAAGCCAUAGCAGUGUGCAUGUUAACCCCAUUUUCUUGAGUUCAGAAGAGGAAUUACCUUAAUUCACCAAGUACAUUCUGAUCUUUACUUGGUGUCAUGGUUCAACACAAAAUCCGUUUAUUUGUCAUGUGCACAGGAUACAGCGUAGUGUACACAGUACAAUGAAAUGCUUAAAAAGGGGGCUGAGAUUCUAACUCAGGAUCACCUGUUUACUAGACAGGCGCUUUAACCAACUAAGCGACAACGCCGGGUAGGGAUAAAAGUCUGAGCCAGAUUGACCCAAAGGGCAGGAACCCAUCUCCUGUUACUCUAGUGCAGGGGUAGGUAACCCUGGUCCCUGGAGGCCCCACUUCAUGUUUUUGAUUUAACCAACCUGGGAGACCAGGUGUGCUGAAUUUAGGCAAUCACUGAACUGAUCAAUUAGCUCAGUUGGUCAGGUGUGGUGCCUAGUUGGAGCAAAAUCCUGCAGUACCUGCUGCACUCCAGGAACAGUAUUGCCUACCGCUGCUGUAGCGUAAUGUAGCUUGAUGCACGAACACAUCCCCCUCGACAGGAUGCUAGAAGGGAGUUUAACACUAGUUGAUUCAGAAUCCAUUAGGCCUAGCUGUUGGUUGCUAGAUUAAUCAAAGUUGGUCACUGUUAAACUCAUCAAGUGUGAAAAAUGUGAAAGAUGUAUGCACUCACUAGAACUGUAAGUCGCUCUGGAUAAGAGCGUCUGCUAAAUGACUAAAAAUGUUUUUAAAAAUGUAAGAGGUGUGUGUAGACUUGAAAUCCAAAGUGUUUGUCAUAUUUUACACAGUGCAAUGAAAUGCUUAAAAAGGCACUGCUGAGAUUUGCACUCAGCUGUGUUGAGGAUCAGCGUAGUGCAGGUGUUGUUUCCUACCUUCACCACCUGGGGGCGGCCCGUCAGGACGUCCAGGACCCAGUUGCACAGGGCGGGGUUCAGACCCAGGGCCCCGAGCUUAAUGAUGAGCUUGGCGGGUACUAUGGUGUUGAAGGCUGAGCUGUAGUCAAUGAACAGAUGGGAUAGGGCAGUGUGAUGGCGUGCAAUUUGUGCCAUGCAAUGACGAUACCUGGACCACCUACUGAAGUGUGCUGUUGUAACGUAAAUCACGUAAAUCACGUGAAAAGGAACCUGGAGUGCCACUUUAAUGUUUAAAAAAAAAAAAACGUUUCUUAACUAAUAAAUGAGUUUUUAUUGAGAUUUGAACUCAGGAGCUCCUGUUUACCAGACAGGCACGUUAACCAGCUAAGCCACAGUACCAGCACCUUGUAUUGUCUUUCACAGGGGUCAAAAGCCACACAUUAAAUCAAAACAAUUGUUUUUAUUUAAAACUCAUAUCUCUGUACCGUAAUGGAAAAUAUCAAUCAAAAUGUUGAUUUCCUAAUUUUGGAAUCGAUACGGACACUCGUUUUGACUAAGCGAUUUAAUGGAUUCAUCUAAAUCAUCCCUCCUAACAGGAGCCCUAUACAGUCCCUCCAGGAUUUCGCGACCUUUUUUUGUGAUUUCUACGGCCAAAAAUUCUUGAUUUUGCAGCAGAUUUUCUGAAAUUCUGCGAUACAUUUUGCUAUGUUUUUCCCCCACAUUAAUUUCAUAUAAAGCAAUAAAACAUCAUAUAUGCUCAAUUUUAGGACGAUUUUAAGCAGAAUACAUAAUACAAAAACAAUUAGAAUAUUGUUUAUUUUCCUGAACAAAAAAGGAGCGGAAGCUAGCUCAGAGUUCCAACAUAAAAAAAAAAUCCAUGCAUAAUCUGUAGGUACUAAAAAAGAUUAAACUAGGACAAAAUAAACACCUGGGGUCCAAUCAGCAAUUAAGACAUAUUAUAUCUCAAGUCCAUCUUCCAUGAAAACAAUUGGAGACAAAGUGCUCUUUUGGGCUGUUUCUUUUUUUGAACAAACACAGCUCUUUUUCUGAACAUGCUACCACUGCGCUAAAAGUGCGGGAGUUGGUCAAAAUUGCGGGCUCUCGCAUAAUAUGCGCUGAUUGGUUGAUUUUGCAUUGGAAUUAUGCGAUCGCAGAAUCCUGGAGGGACUGCCUAUACUACUAAUCAGGUUUGAGGAGUUCGCUUUAGUUAAUGAGUUCAACUCGGGAUAACCAGUACCAUGAAAGUAGCUCACCUUUUAGCCAGGUACAUCUCUAUGGCAACGAAUCCAUCAGAACUAACCUGCUCCGGGGCAGGCUAACUCAGGGUUAACUCCAUUUAUCCUGAAUUAAGUGUGUGAGCCAUAAAUUGAGGGCCAAUUAAAUCAGAUACCUUCCCUCUCGCAAAGAAUGUGUCAUCUGCCGCGUUCAACUGCUAGUCAUAACUCUGAAAUUUCCGACUCACUAACUGGUUGUAGUUAUACACGUGCCAUGUUUAAAAAAACAUUUCUGAGUUUCCUAGUUCCGACUAGAACGUGAAUUCGGCAAUCCUCCCCUUCAUUUGUGGAAGAAGAUUAAAUAUUUUAUUCAUCAAAUGUUUUUUUUGUGUGUAAGAAAAGUGGUAAAAUUAAAAGUAUCACAUUACACAUUUAGUAAUGACAGCAUUUGCUUUCGAUUGUAAUGAGAAAUUUGCGAAAGUCAAAAUGACAGCUGCAACCAACCAUAGACAUAUAAUCCAUAGAUGGUAGUUCCCAUUCAAGUCAGGACUGGAAACCAUUGCUAGUGUACCCAUGAGUUUAACAGGCAAAUUGCCAGGGUAGACGGUUCCAAAACCCUUCUAUUAAUUAUAUGUCUAUGGCCACAACGAAACAAGCUGUUCCACAAAGAGAAGAACAAUCGGUAGGCAUUAAUGAUAAGUAAUCAAAUAAAGAUUGCAUUUUUAAAGGGCAAUUUCACACCAUAGCCUGCUGGAUUUGCAAGAUAACAUUUCUUUCUUUUUGAUUUCAGUAGAAAUGAAAAUGUGGCAGUGACUCGCCCAUGAAUUGAUGUUUCAGCAUUGUCGCAAUGAAGACCUCGGCGCUCGACUAGUCAUGUACGACAUGCACAAGGAGUUGCAAGCCUGCUAGAGUUAGCGGCAGGCAGACGAGCAAUAUCCACCGUGGUAGUACGGAUGAAGCCUCACCUGGAAUGUGAAGCUAACUAGCUGGCUAGCUUUAUAAAAGCCUGAGUAGAUCUAGCUUGCUUCGUAGUAUGCCACUCUGGUGGACAAAUGCCAGAGUUGUUGAGUUACCCAGUGAAUUAGUUUACACUGGUUAGAUUACAUUUAGCCAUACUGUUUUAGAUUACACCAGGGAUGGGCAACUGGUGGCCCGCGACCCCCCCUUUUUUUUAGGCACGCUUUUUGGAACUCUGUCGUAGUCUCAAUUUACUUAGUUAGAAUAAUACAAUACACAACAUUUGGAUGUGCAUCAGCAGUCACUUAAUUAGCCCAUGUCAGCUACAUUUCUUUUAGAUUGGUAGGUUAGUCUAGCAGCCAGCUAUCUAUACUUGUAGUAAGCAUGGUCAAAUUACCGACCUGGGUGGGGGCCAUUUGACAAUCAGUUAUCAUAUUAAAAGAGCAAACAUUUGCAUCCACCCUAUGGCAAAAUGUGUAGAAUUGCAGUACAUUUGCUGUAAAACUGCAAAUUCUCCUCUCCGCCGCAUGGCAAAAUAUGUAGAAUUGCAUGAAAUGAGUUAUAAAAUAGCUAAAUCUUCUCUCUGCCUCAUGGCAAAAUGUGUAGAAUUGCAUGAAAUUAGUUAUACAAUUGCAAAUCUUCUCUCCGCCGCAUGGCAAAAUAUGUAGAAUUGCAUGAAAUGAGUUAUAAAAUAGCUAAAUCUUCUCUCUGCCUCAUGGCAAAAUGUGUAGAAUUGCAUGAAAUUAGUUAUACAAUUGCAAAUCUUCUCUCCGCCGCAUGGCAAAAUGUGUAGAAUUGCAUGAAAUGAGUUAUACAAUUGCUAAAUCUUCUCUCCGUCGCAUGGCAAAAUGUGUAGAAUUGCUAAAUCUUCUCUCCGCCGCAUGGCAAAAUGUGUAGAAUUGCAGGAAAUUAGUUAUACAAUUGCUAAAUCUUCUCUCCACCGCAUGGCAAAAUGUGUAGAAUUGCAUGAAAUUAGUUAUACAAUUGCUAAAUCUUCUCUCCGCCGCAUGGCAAAAUGUGUAGAAUUGCAUGAAAUUAGUUAUACAAUUGCUAAAUCUUCUCUCCGCCGCAUGGCAAAAUGUGUAGAAUUGCAUGAAAUGAGUUACACAAUUGCUAAAUCUUCUCUCCGUCGCAUGGCAAAAUGUGUAGAAUUGCUAAAUCUUCUCUCCGCCGCACGGCAAAAUGUGUAGAAUUGCAGGAAAUAAGUUAUACAAUUGCUAAAACUUCUCUCCGCCGCAUGGCAAAAUGUGUAGAAUUGCAUGAAAUUAGUUAUACAAUUGCUAAAUCUUCUCUCCGCCGCAUGGCAAAAUGUGUAGAAUUGCAGGAAAUAAGUUAUACAAUUGCUAAAACUUCUCUCCGCCGCAUGGCAAAAUGUGUAGAAUUGCAUGAAAUUAGUUAUACAAUUGCUAAAUCUUCUCUCCGCCGCAUGGCAAAAUGUGUAGAAUUGCAUGAAAUUAGUUAUACAAUUGCUAAAUCUUCUCUCCGCCGCAAUGCAAAAUGUGUAGAAUUGCAUGAAAUGAGUUAUACAAUUGCUAAAUCUUCUCUCCGCCGCAAUGCAAAAUGUGUAGAAUUGCAUGAAAUUAGUUAUACAAUUGCUAAAUCUUCUCUCCGCCGCAAUGCAAAAUGUGUAGAAUUGCAUGAAAUUAGUUAUACAAUUGCUAAAUCUUCUCUCCGCCGCAUGGCAAAAUGUGUAGAAUUGCAUGAAAUGAGUUAUACAAUUGCUAAAUCUUCUCUCCGCCGCAUGGCAAAAUGUGUAGAAUUGCAUGAAAUGAGUUAUACAAUUGCUAAAUCUUCUCUCCGCCGCAUGGCAAAAUGUGUAGAAUUGCAUGAAAUUAGUUAUACAAUUGCUAAAUCUUCUCUCCGCCGCAUGGCAAAAUGUGUAGAAUUGCAUGAAAUUAGUUAUACAAUUGCUAAAUCUUCUCUCCGCCGCAUGGCAAAAUGUGUAGAAUUGCAUGAAAUGAGUUACACAAUUGCUAAAUCUUCUCUCCGUCGCAUGGCAAAAUGUGUAGAAUUGCUAAAUCUUCUCUCCGCCGCACGGCAAAAUGUGUAGAAUUGCAGGAAAUAAGUUAUACAAUUGCUAAAACUUCUCUCCGCCGCAUGGCAAAAUGUGUAGAAUUGCAUGAAAUUAGUUAUACAAUUGCUAAAUCUUCUCUCCGCCGCAUGGCAAAAUGUGUAGAAUUGCAGGAAAUAAGUUAUACAAUUGCUAAAACUUCUCUCCGCCGCAUGGCAAAAUGUGUAGAAUUGCAUGAAAUUAGUUAUACAAUUGCUAAAUCUUCUCUCCGCCGCAUGGCAAAAUGUGUAGAAUUGCAUGAAAUGAGUUAUACAAUUGCUAAAUCUUCUCUCCGCCGCAAUGCAAAAUGUGUAGAAUUGCAUGAAAUUAGUUAUACAAUUGCUAAAUCUUCUCUCCGCCGCAAUGCAAAAUGUGUAGAAUUGCAUGAAAUUAGUUAUACAAUUGCUAAAUCUUCUCUCCGCCGCAUGGCAAAAUGUGUAGAAUUGCAUGAAAUGAGUUAUACAAUUGCUAAAUCUUCUCUCCGCCGCAUGGCAAAAUGUGUAGAAUUGCAUGAAAUGAGUUAUACAAUUGCUAAAUCUUCUCUCCGCCGCAUGGCAAAAUGUGUUUCUGCGGCCACAAUGCAGAGUACUAACCAUUAUACCAUCACAGCCAGCUACCAGGAUUGGGGUAGACAUUAGGCCUGUUAACUCAAGCCUGCAGUGGUUUAACCUCUGUAUGGCUCUGCAUGCAAGGAGUGGUCCAAAACCAUUUAAAGAUAUUGAACUGCUUUUGUCUUGAUAUCCGGUCGAGAAACUAGUGUACAGACGCCCUUGAUUGAUUUUAAUUGAUUUAUCUAACUCAUCUCUCCUUCCUACCAGGAACUGGAGGACUUUGUCUCAGCCCUGCGGCCCACCUCCCUGGUCCCCAUCGUGGGCAGGCUUACCACUGGCAUCCCCUCCUUCUCUGCCCUGCUGCCUAGGAGAAAACGCCACGAGGUCCUGGUUCCUGAGUCAGUCCGGCACUACAUGAAGGGCCGACCUGAGUUGCAGGUUCAAGACCCUGGUCAGUCCAGCUUCCUGGGUUACAGUAACCUGCCGCGGAGGCCUAUCCGACCCCCUCCACCCAGAGGGGUGGUGUUUGAGUCCCCCCCUAAGGCCCCCUCCAGAGACUCCACGCCUGGGUCGGUGGUGGUCGAAGCCUGGGAGACAGGGUCCAUGGAGCAUCCUGGUCAGGAGGAAGAGAUGGACACGGAGAUGGAUGCCGACAGAGAUGGAGAAGAGUCGGACUGUAUGCUGGUAGAUCUGAGUGAAGACCACAGCCCUACCAAAGACACAGGACCCAGCUCCAGCCCCGACCCUAACCCCAGCCUAACCAGAGACCCCAAUCCCAGCCUCAGCAGAGACCGAGACCCAUGGAGCCUGAAUCUGGUCCACAGGGUCUCAGAGAACCUGGAUCUGGAGGAGAGUGUCCCCUUCAGUCAGUUCACCCAGAGUAACUUCACACUCAUGGAGGUCCUGAGAAACACUGCCAUUUCACUGAGGCCCAGAGCUGUGAGAGAGGAGACCCAUCCUCAGUAUUUGCCUUGUGAUAAUAUGGCCGCCUUAAACUGUAACUUAAACGCAGUAUCAAUUAACAUAACCAGUUACCACAAUGGAAACCCAGACCAGGAGACAGAAACUCUUCCAUUACUGCAACUAAGCCUGAGCUCCUGUUCCAGUGACAGUCCCUGUGCGAACGCUAGUGACCCCACUGAAACACAACCUGAGCCAACAGAAGACUGUGAGGUGACUCUCCUGCUGUCCCUCCCUUUCUCUGAGGAGGACUUGUCUGUCUCUGGCUGCUAUAGCAACACGCUCCUGGAACGGAGAUUUUUGGAAAAGUUCAGCCUCUCUCCUUCAGAUGUGGAGUAGGGGGUGAAGUUACCCAGGCCUAGACACUGAUCUUGCAUUUUUCCCCGCUACUGGUUAAGGUUAUGAUUGGGAGAGGUGAAGCUGAUCUUAGAUAUGUACCUAGGGGAACCUUCCAGUGAGGGAAUAUGAGUUAGUCAGUUCCACUCUGCUGUUGAGAGGUACCUUAGCUGCUAACACCAGACAGAGGAUAAUGUGAAUGCUAACCGUGUCAACAUUCUUUCCUUCACAUUCCUUAAGAAGACUCUUCUUGUACUGUUUUAAAAAGCACUUCUUCAGUUGUGUAUAUAAAAGAAAAGUAUGUUAAAAGUUUAACUUGCUAGGUCAGAUUUUAAUUGGAGAUUUUCCAUUUGAGUUUGCUUUUUGGUUCAGGACUAGGCUUCAUCUGUGUCC